CUUUAAGCAAUCGUCUCAGGCUUCCCGCCUGCUGCAUUUACAGACCUCGGACCUCUGUAUCUCUACCUUGCAUCUUCAUCAUGGAACCCAGACCCAAAACAGAAAACAACGAAAUGGAGAGACGAAACAGGCCCGCAAAGGCCGCCAAAGAACGUCGGGAACCCAGAUACCACGUCUAUGUCCGGCUGCCCUUCAACCGAGGAACAUUCGUCGAGCCUGGUACAGUGGAUUGGGACGAGAAGAAGUCCGAGGCGCUAUGGAGCGUCCUGUCUGAUUCUUCGCUCGCCGAUGUUGACUGGACCAAGCUAGCAACGCAGUUCGAGGUGACCGUUGAUUUCCUCCUCCAGAUGGCCAACUACCUGUCGGAGCGCCACGCCGCCCAGCUCAGGGCGCAGAUGUUGAAGGCGGCCGCGGCCAGGGGCUCCAACGCCCCCUCUCCGGUCCCCGGCGCCGAGCCUGCCCACCACGAGAAGACGAGACGGAGCUCAGGCGGCGGUGCCCGCGCUCCGUCGGCGCUCUCAGUCCGCAGGGAUGCUGCCACCCCGGUCCCGAGGAAUGACAAUGAGGAACACGGCAGUCGUGCUCUCCCCUCGCGACCACGUCCCUCGCGCAACUCGUCCGGCUCCAAUGUCACCGCCGCUGUCCCCUCCUCCCAAACACCCCAGCCCGCCACCACCUCCUCCUCCAGGCCCGCCACAGCCACCCGUCUAAGCGAUCCUCAACAACAACAACGGCGCCGCUUCUCAUACUUACCCGCCCAGCAACAACAACAACCGCAUACAGGAGAAGACGCAGAAAUGGCCGCCCCGUCCAGCCCGGCGCCUUCCUCUUCCUCCACCUCCACCACCACCUCUUCUUCAUCCUCGUCCUCCUCAGAUGACGAUAGCAUCGUGCAGAGCAGGAUUAUCCGCCGCCCGCCGCGCUUCGGCUCCAAAGACGCCACCGCAAAUGCAACCGCCAGGGGGGGCAACCCCAACCGGAAAAAAAACAAGACCAAGCCUAGGGGUUUGUAUAACGACGACGACAGCGGCGGCGGCGGGGUGGGGUUUGGGUACGACGACGACGACGAUGACGACGAUGAUGAUGAUGACGCAGAGCCUGCUUUUCUCCCCUUCAAACGUACGACAACAACAACAACAUCAGUCACCCCCACAGCUAGCAGCGGCGGUGGUGGUGGUAGUAGUGCUAACAGGGGUGGAACUAAUGCGGGGAGUAUGGGGUCGGACCUCGGGGCGACUCUGCGCGGCGACAGGGGUGGUGCUGGUUUGCAACGGCGUGGAGAGGCGGGGGAUGUCGGCCCGUCGUUGUCGUCGUUACAGAAGCCCGAGUUGUCAUCAUCGGCAGCGGUGGCUGUUGCUUCCAGGCGGCAGCAUCAGGGUACCGGGACCGCGGGCGCGGGCGCGGGAGGACGGAGGGGGCUACCUGCUCCUGCUAUCAACACCCCUGCUGCUGGCCAGGCGCCUCCUGGCUAUGGUGGCCCGCUGUCGCCGAGGAGGGCGGCCGAGCUCGCGGGCAGGGGGUAUCAUCAUCAAGGGUCUGUGAGUAGUAGAGGGAAGGGCGCCUCAAGGGAAGGGAGUGACGGGACGCCUAGUAUGGGGAGCAGCUUUAGUGAUUUGGACGAUGCUUCGGUCACGCAAUCGGCCUUGGAGGAGGCUCUGGCCAGUCGAAUGCAGGACGGGACCAUCGGAAGCCGGAUGAGUGUCAUUGGGCAGGCGAUUCGGAGCCGGUACUUGCCCAAGGCGAAUCGGUAGUUGUUAGUUAGGUUGGGUUGAGCGUGGUGUGGCUACUAGCAAUCCUGGGCAUCAAGUUCACUAUGUAGACUGUGGCGUUAAGAGGUUGGGUUGGAUUUGAGGUUGGGUUAGUCUGGCGUCGGAGAGAUUGGCCUUGUGCGAUUCACUGUGGUUAUGCAAGGGGUUUUGUGGUGUAGCGUCUCUUCACAGUAGUUUGUGUACCUGGUGAGACAAUUUGGAUUGUACAGGCAGGUGUAAUGUAAGUUUGAUGGAGACAGGCUAGGUUUCAUUGAUAUCCGAGAGACCAUCUUGGAUAACUUAUUCAGGGGCUAUUCUCAUGUGCAGAUAUGAAUAG